AUGCAGACAUCAAGAGCAAGACUUUUCAAGGAAUACAAAGAAGUGCAGAGAGAGAAAGUAGUUGAUCCUGAUAUUCAACUUGUUUGCGAUGAUACAAACAUAUUUAAGUGGACGGCUCUUAUAAAGGGGCCUUCAGAGACUCCUUUUGAAGGUGGUGUUUUUCAGCUUGCUUUUUCAGUUCCCGAGCAGUAUCCUAUGCAACCCCCUCAAGUUCGGUUCUUAACCAAAAUAUUUCAUCCAAAUGUACAUUUCAAGACGGGUGAGAUUUGCCUAGAUAUCUUGAAGAAUGCUUGGAGCCCGGCUUGGACCCUGCAAUCGGUUUGCAGGGCUAUAAUUGCACUGAUGGCUCAUCCAGAGCCUGACAGUCCACUAAAUUGUGAUUCAGGCAAUCUUCUCCGAUCUGGGGAUAUCAGAGGAUACCAAUCCAUGGCCAGGAUGUAUACCAGACUAGCAGCCAUGCCGAAGAAGGGGUGA